AUGCGUGUAGUUUUUUUGUUCAUAUUUGUAACAUUCGUUGCCAGCACUAAAAAUAUCGAACAAGGUGGAAAGAGGAAUGGCUUAUUCGGGAGUGAUGAAGUAGGGGAGAUUUUCAAAUGGAUCGUAAGGAACCCUACAGACAUGCAAUGUCACGUAAUGCUGGUGAUAUAUAUCAUGUUGGCCAGUGAAAAACAUGACAAGACUGCACUAAUGACAAAGGAAGGGGUUUUAAAUAUCACAAAGGCCAUUCCGUACCUGCCUGAGCAAAUAGACGCAAAAUUAUACGGUCAAUUGAAGGGCUUAAAGUACCCUGAAAUGCUGCUCGAGGGAAUCGAGAAAAUAGGUAACGGCCUUGAUUUGCAAACUUACAUGUACAAUAAGUUUGCCAGUGAUUCCAUCUGUCCACGAUUCAAAGAUUUGGUUGACAAGCAUAAUUACUACGCCCUUAAGCAGUCCCAAAGGUUACUGGGCAAAGCCAUCUAUAUUGCAGCGCUGGCGCAACAGAAACUUAUUAAUCCCAAGAAGUUCAGCAAAAAGGCAUUUCGUACCAUCGCAUCCAAUCUUUUCUCUUUUUGGACCUUCAUUCACGACUUAAGAUGGCGUUUGCAGCUAGAUAUUAGUGGGACGCCUUUUGAUGUUAUGAUGAUUUUGAAAGUGGGUAAAAUAACUAUCAAAAAGAAGAACCAGCUAAACGACUUAAACAAUGCUUACUUUGAAAGCUUUUAUUCAUUGUACAUAAGGUUGAAGUAUGAAAGUGCGCUGGGUGUCUUUCAAGAGUCAGGUCAUCCCAUUUUUGGUGAAUUUGACAAUGUAGCAAAUGUCUCAGAUACUUCAUUCAUCAGGCUUGUAGGAUUCUUGCAUAAAAACAAAGAAGGUGUAAUUUAUGAAUAUAACUUUGGCGUAGGCCUUUCAGAUGUCGUUAAGAAACAACUUAUCGACAAAUUAGAGCCUAAGAAAACGUUACUACAAUUUAUAUUGCUAGAUAAGACCCAUACAAAUAGUCCAUUUUAUCACAGUAAUCAAUAUUUUGAUGCUGAUAUGUUAUACAAAAUGAUACGCAACGAAUUAUGUGCAGAUCCUUACUUGAUAAAUGGUGAUAAAGUGUCCAUUGUCUUUGCUGAAAAGACUUAUUCGACUCAAGAAUUCCUUUACAACUUUCAACAGGAUGGUGGACUAACCCUUGUUUUACAGGUUUCACCCACUCACUAUGUAAAUAUUGAGGAAACAAUACAGGAGCUGCAGCGAAUCGCUGCAAUUCCACUACUGACCGAGAUUUAUCACAAAAACUUUGACCCUAAGCGAAUCAGCUUACUCGGAAAUUGCCACAAGAAUGAAUAUGGAGAAUUUAUGUGUGUGGGGAAUUUCGGUAAAUUUUUGGGUAUGAAUAUUCGAAGUAAAAUCGCAAAUUACAUAAAACCAGGAUCCUCAGUCGUACAAAUACUCAUUCAAGGCGCUGGGGACAUUAAAAAUGAUAAUUGGGAUGCACUCAAUUCUGCUUCCAUUGCCAACCGUAUAAUCUCGCGUAUGAAACCAACAUAUACUGAACUAUUCAUCAAACGAGUGCAAAUUUUGAAGACAGUGGAAGAGGAGGAAACUACUAUUAAUGACUGUGACAAAUGUAGAGUUGGAUACAUAAAUUACUGGUGGUUUUUGGCCAUAUCAUUGCCCACCUCCAUAGUGACUCUGGUACUAGUGUUAUUUUUGCUGGAAAACACAAAGGUCGGUGUCCCCUGGUAUCUGAGCCGGCUGCUGAUUAAGCGGGAAGAUAGUAUAUUGGUGGCGUAUAACCCGCCAAGGUAA